GGGCGCGCAGGCGGAGGGCGUAGUGGCACAAGGCGCCGCCGGCCGAGGGCGUGCUUUGGCCCAGACCGGCGUCGGCACAAGGAGCGCACGGGCUCAGCCUAAGCAUCACGGGCAGCCGUCCUGCCGGCCCGCCUCCAACCCUCGAAUGAAAGACAAAGGAGUGUCCUGCUCUUCCAAGGCUCAAAUGGCGUGGUGUCACUGUCCGACUCCCGAGCCGAGACGAAGCUGCAAAGCGCCAGUUAAGGCGGAACAAAAAGAGGCAUCCCCCGAUGCGAAUGUGCCGGCACAGGGGGAGGUCCUGCCUACCCAGGAUACUUCGCCCCAGGUUCCGCCAAUCCUCACUCUUCGCCUACCCAGGGUGACUCUUGAUUGAUUUUUCUCAGCUCAAGAUUCGGUCCCAAGAAUAGCAAGAUAGUCCGGUUGCGCAUGGUGGCUUGUGUAUGAUUAACCCGGCAGCGCUGACGCAUAGUUGGGGAAUUUAGUUCAAUUUCGAGAUCUUUGGCUGUUCGUGCCUAGAACAGAGCAGGGGGGAGGGGGGUUUGGGGGAGAAUGUCUGGUGGGCUCAAGAACAAGAAGAAGAAGGGCCACGAGUGGGAUUUGAACGACUGGAGAUGGGACGGCAACCUCUUCCUGGCCACGCCGUCGCCAAACGCGGACGCUCCGUCGGGGUGCGGCAGCAGGGAGCUUGGGCGAGCCGGGGAGGGGUGCAGUUUCGGUGCUGCUGCUGACAAGAGCAGGAGGAGGAGGAGGAGGAGAGUCACCACGGUGGAUAACCCCGAGGAGUGCAGCAACACUGCGAUUCAUAAUGAAAGAAAUGCUGUUUGGAGAGGACAGAUCGGCGAAGAAGAGGGACCUGCCAGUGCAACAGCAGGUGCAUCUUCCAGCUCUGCUCCAUCUUGCCAAGUCGACGGCUGCCACGCGGAUCUCAGCGACGAUAGGGACUACCAUAGGAGGCACAAGGUGUGUGAGCCGCACACCAAGUCGACUCUUGUUCGUAUCAAAAACAUAGAGCAUCGGUUUUGCCAGCAGUGCAGCAGGUUUCAUCUUGUUCAAGAAUUUGAUGAAGGGAAGAAGAGCUGCCGCUCGCGUCUGGCAACACAUAAUAGAAGGAGGAGGAAAGCCCCAGCCGAGGCUGUGAAUUCCUUGGGUGAAAAUCAGUCCUUAACCAACACCUUGCUCCUCUUGUUGAGACAACUCGCUGGACAAGAUUCUGCUAGCUCAUCUGAGCAAAUCAAUGGUCCCAAUCUCUUGGUUAGUCUUUUGAAGAACCUUGCUGCUGUUGCUGGCACACAGGCAUGUCAAGAUAUGCUAAAGGAUGCAACAUCAUCAAAUGCUGGUAACUAUGUUGGGAAUCAAAGUGGACCACCAGUUCCUGCAGAAGAGCCUCCUGUGAAAAGACGUGCGCAGAAUUUUGAUCUGAAUGAUGCUUAUGUCGAGGAAGAUGAGAGCCGAACAGAUAAAAUUGUCUUCAAGCUUUUUGGUAAACAGCCAAAUGAUUUUCCUGCUGAUCUACGUGCACAGGUCAUUUACCAUAUGCAAAUUGGGAAUAGUUCCUCUCUUGAUAAAUCUACUCGAGUUUUUGGACCAAAUUUUUGUUUUUAUUUGCAGAUCCUAAACUGGCUGUCACAUUAUCCAAGUGACAUGGAGAGCUAUAUUAGGCCUGGUUGUGUAAUUCUAACUAUUUACCUUCGUCUUCCUAACUGGAUGUGGGGUAAGAUUAAUGUCGAUCCAGCUCCUUGGAUAGAAAAUCUCAUUAGCAUAUCCACUCAUGGUUUCUGGGAGACAGGAUGGCUGUAUGCUAGGGUGCAGGACCGCCUGACAUUAAGCUGCAAUGGCAGGCUUAUGUUAGUGUCUCCCUGGCGACCUGUAAUAGGUGACAAGCAUCAGAUACUGUGUGUAACUCCUAUUGCGGCUGCCUAUAAUUCGACGGCAAACUUUUCAGUGAGAGGCUUCAACAUAGCUCAACCAACCACAAAAUUACUCUGUAUAUUUGGUGGGAAAUAUUUAGUCCAAGAAGCAACACAAAAACUACAUGCUGAUACUAGGAUUCAGCAAGGCCCUCAAUGUCUGACCUUUUCUUGCUCCUUCCCUAGUACAAGUGGAAGGGGGUUCAUAGAGGUUGAAGAUUAUGAUCAGAGCAGCAUUUGCUUCCCCUUUGUUGUCGCCGAAGAAUCUAUAUGUUGUGAGAUUAGAAUGUUGGAGGAAAAACUGAAUAUAAUUGCAUUUGGUGAUGCCUUGGAAGGAAGAGAAGAUCUGAUGGCUUCUCGCAGCCAAGCCUUAAAGUUUCUACAUGAAAUAGGGUGGCUUCUCCAAAGGAGCCACACACGAGCUACAUCAUCCAAGGCUCCGCAACAACAUCAUGCGGUGGGCUUUUCUGCUGCAAGAUUUAGGUGGCUCCUGUCCUUUGCGGUUGAUCAGGAAUGGUGCGGCGUGGUAAAGAUGCUGCUGGACACCUUGUUCCAGGGCAAUAUCGAUGUCGCCUCACCAGUUGAUUUUGUCCUGGGAGAGAGCUUAGUAUUCGCAGCUGUCAACAAGCGGUCGAAGCCUUUGGUUGCCUGCCUAUUGAGAUACACAACGAAAUCUGCACCGGUGGGCAGUGGAGCCGUGGCCACACCAGCUCGGUUCUUGUUCACGCCUGACAUGACUGGUUCAUCGGAUAUUACACCUCUCCAUGUUGCAGCUACCAUCACUAAUGCUGCUGCCGUUUUGGAUGCUCUAACUGAUGAUCCCCAACAGCUGGGGAUCAAAACCUGGAAGAAUGCCCGCGACGCUACCGGGUACACUCCAGAGGAUUACGCUCGGAGGAGAGGACACACGUCCUACAUCAAGAUGGUCGAGAACAAAAUCAACAGCAGGUUACCUGCAGCCCAUGUGUCCGUUGCCAUGACCACCACUGGCAUCGCCGAAAAGCACACAGAUGACGGUCGGCCGAGAUCAACUGAACAGACCGUAUUUGAUGUCGAGAAAAGCCCACCGGGGUGCAGACAAUGUGUCCAGCUCCAGCACAUUGCCUACCGGCCCUGCCCAAACAGGUUCUUGUCGAACAGGCCUGCGGUGCUAUCCUUGGUCGCCAUUGCCGCUGUCUGUGUCUGCGUAGGGUUGAUAAUGCAGAGCCCGCCGGUCAUCCGCGGUUUGCCGGGCCCUUUUCUCUGGAAUCACAUCCGUUGGGGACCCACUUGAAACGGCCAGUCGGCUGCAGGUUCUGCUAUAGUCUGUGUACUCGAGAGUGAGGAUGCUUGUAAAUUGUGAUAGACCAAAGUGCAAAUUCUGUACAUUAUAUGAGUUGUGGAGUGCCUAACUCUGCUUAGGUAGCGCUA